AUGAAAAAAAUCGAAAAAAGAAGCUGUCAAAGCGUUAAUAAAAUUUACAAUCAUCAUAUUAACGUGAAUGAAGGAAAUAAAGACUGUAAGAAUAGCAAUAAUAAUAUAAUUUUUGCAAACGGACACAAAAAUAAUAGUAUAGAGGAGCAUAAUAAAAAUAGAAAAAUCGCCAAUAUAAGAGUGAAUUGGGUUGAUUAUAAUAAUGGGAGGGGUGGAAAUGAUUACGCAUCGGAUAAUAAAAAGGUAUCGUGUAUUUAUAAACAGGCAGAAAUGAAAGCAGAAAAGAGGGAUGAUAAAAGAGGAGAAAAAAAAGAAAAUUUCAUAUCAAAAAUUGUAGGAGUAGAAGAAAAGGGUAAAAGUAAAUCGAUAACACGAAUGACAACAAUAAUGGAACCGAGAGGGAAUACCAAAGAUAAAAUGGCCAUCAAUAGUAAUAUAGUUAAUAACAUUAAAGAAACAAGUUCAGAAGUUCCUGAUGGUAAAAAUGCUUUUGUAAAGUUAAACGAUAAAAAAAUAAAAAAUUCAAAAAAUUUAGUAAAUGAUAAAGGACAAUUAUUACAUAUAAGUAUGAAAAAAGAUAAAACAAAAAUGAGCGUUAAUAAUUGUAAUAGAAAAAGUUUUGAAAAAAAUGGAACAAAUUGCUCCAAAACUAAAAAUAGAGAAAACAAUGAAAAUAAAAAAAAAAAUAAAAAUAAAAAGGAUUUACUUAAUUCUUUGGAAAUUAAUGGAAUACAGAUAAAAAAUAACAAAUUCAUUCUUAAAUUUAAAGAUAAAUUAAAUAAAGUUCAUAAGUACUUUUUUCCCAUAUAUAAGUAUGGCGAUGAAACUAUUGCAAGAAACAAAGCAAUUUUAUUAAAAAUUCAUAUGUAUUCUUGUUUAUAUUGUCAGAAUGGUAUUCUUUGUAAUUUUGUAGAGAAUUAUACACUAUGA